UGUGUUCCGCCUGCUGCGCAUUUAGCCAGGCUCGUGCUGGCUCGGAUACCUGGCAUCUUUACUCAUGUUUUCGCUCACGCGGCGGUUGGUAUCCUGGCACUCACCCUCGAGAAGCGUAAUUCCAAACUCAAAGAAGGCCACUCCAAGAGUCCGUUCACCCUUUUCCCCGUUCUCCCGGCUUCCUGAUCUUGAGAAAUGGGGAUCUUUCGCGGAUGGCCUCCGGUGCCAGACCGAAGAGCUGAUCUCGCAGCUCUGGAACGGGUGCUCCUCGCUCCUCCACCGGGUGGUGUCCCCGAGUGUUUUGCGGACUACAGUCCCUUCAGAGGCUGGAAGCAGGUCCAUGCAUGGGGUCAUCGGCUUCAAAUUACCGCCUUAUCCAUGUGAUGCCAGGUAGCGAAGACAAGCCUCCUCAGCAUUUUCACCCUAGUGUUUUUCUCAUCAAGCGAACGACAACCGAGUCCAGAUGGGGCUGGGCUUUCACAUGCACACGCCAUUUAUAUAAUGCCACCAUGCUUUUCGUGGGCAACGAGCAGAAAGAAACCCACGCACGCAUAACCGGCAGCGCAUUCAUUCCAUUCGACGCGUUGAAGCCUGGGCUAGAUAGUGUUUGCCUGGCAUUCAACGCGCGAAGCUUAGCUGUGCUAUCUGCGAAGAGAAAGACGAGCUUUGGGUUCUCACACGUUUACCCUGCCCACAGCGCGAGAGACACGUUCAGUCGCCGCAAGAUGGGGCUCUAAAACAGCCGCGCCAACCGACGUUGACUAUACAUAGCCGAGAUUUCGUGCUGCCGAACGGCGGAAGUAAGUACGAGUGCCCAAGGCUAGAGGCUCGUGUUGCUUGCAGGGAGACGGACCAAGCUACUAUCAGGAGUGACAACACUGACCACGAGACAAGAUCAGACGGCGGAUAUCUUUACUUGUACAAUUGUAUUUUGCACAAGUAGAAAAUGGGUCGCGUUUGAG